AGCUAACAUCAAGUUAAGAGAGAAGAUCAUAAUGGCAGACUUCAUGCAGAGAAUCAUGGAAAUGAUCCAGGCUGAGCAAGCAGCCAAAGGCUACAACAGUGGUUCUUCAAACUCAUUUAACAACCAUGGCAGCGGUCCCCAGGAUUUCGGCGGUGCAACCAUCAACAGUGGCCAAUAUGCAGGUAACCGUAACAGGUUUAAACACUCAGAGCACUACGAUGAACAUGUUCUAAAUAACAGUGGUACUUUCAAUGGUAAUGGAAACGGGGGAAAUAUCCAGGGUGGCUUUAAGGCCGAAACAAGGAACUUCUACCGUCGACCUUACGAUAAUUAAUUAUGGUAGUUUAUAUAAACUGGGCAUCAUGAUAUACUGUGUGGUGUUCUGUUGUAUUAUACAGCCAUAAAUAAUGUAGAGCACAGCUCUAAUGUUAUGUAAUAAAUAAUGGCUUUGGGGGCUUAGACUCAACCCAAUAUGCUUCUCA